AUCAGAAUCGCAAGUUUCCCGCGCGUCACUCAAUAGACUCAAAAUGUCUUCAGGAUACAAGAACAUCAUCCUCAUCGGAGGCGGCGGUUCCCUCGGCAGCGUCCUGCUGAAAGCCCUCCUCUCCGAACCCUCCUUCAACGUCACCGUCCUCGCCCGCGAAUCCUCCAAAGCCCUCAACAGCAUCCCAUCAACCGCAAAUGUGAUCAAAAUCGCCGACAGCUACCCCCUCGACGACCUCGUCUCGGCCUUCAAGGGGCAAGACGCCAUCGUCAACGCCAUCACUAGCUUCUCCGUCGCUGAGCAGCUCAAGUUCAUCGAUGCGGCUAUUACAGCCGGCGUCAAGAGGUAUCUCCCAUCGGAGUAUGGGCUUGAUAACAAUACCCCUGCUGCGAGGGAUCUCUCCGUUGUCUUCCGCGACAAGGGGCUUGUGCAGGAUUAUCUCCGUGAGAAGGAGGGGACUGGGUUGACUUGGACGACUAUUGCCUGUGGGAUGUGGAUUGGAUGGUCCCUCCGCAACAACUUCCUCGGCCUCGACUACAAGAACCGCACCAUCACCCUAACCAACGACGGCAAGGGCCCCUUCUCCACAACAACCCUCGCCAACACCGCACUGGCCCUAAACCGCAUCCUCCUGUCCCCCGCAGGCAGCGCAAACCAGAUCGUCUUCCUGAGCGACUUUGCGACAACGCAGGAAGAACUCGUGCAGACGAUCGAGCGGCUCACCGGCGAAAAGUGGACGCGCAAAUCGAUAAAUACCGCGGAGGCCAUCCCUGCGCUAAAGGAGGCGUUUAACAAUGGCGAGACGUUUGCGGGGUAUGGGUUGAUUAAUAUUGGGUUUACGGAGGGGUCUUUCAGUGGGCAUUUUGAGCCGGCGAAGAAGUUGAGGAAUGCGGAGUUGGGGUUGCCCAAGAAGGAGCUUGAGGAGGUUGUUAGGGAGGCGUUGGGUGAGGUCGGGCAUCCGGGUUUCUAGUUGCGAUCAUAUGAGAGAAUAGACGGGUGGUUCUAUAGAGUUAUCUGAUGGUUUGGAUUUUCUCAAAAGCGUCGAGAUCUUCCAUUGCCAGAGCUGGAUUGUUUGGAUCACGGCAAACAUCAGAGCAAAUAUCGUCCUGCGCCCCUGAUUCGGAACCUUUAUAUCUUUUCUUAUUUCGCAAAAAAGCUUCCCUCCUAUGCAUAUUUUUAGCCGAAGUAAGGGGUUCAAUGGAAU